GCGGGCAGCGGUUUGUUUUGGUGGCUGAAUUUGAAUGAGAUGCUCACAGCGGCGUCUCCAACGUUAAUCGGUUAACGGUGAAUUAAAAUGAUUCACGAGCUGUUGCUGGCGUUAAGUGGAUACCCGGGGACUAUUUUCACCUGGAACAAACGGACAGGUUUGCAGGUGUCCCAGGAUCUGCCCUUCUUGCACCCCAGUGAGACCAGUGUCCUCAACCGGCUCUCUAAACUGGGCUCAGAUUACAUCCGCUUCACAGAGUUCAUAGAACAACACACAGGCCAUGUGCAUCAACAGGAACAUCACACGAACCAGCCCAACCAGACAGGACUUCAUGGAAUUUAUCUGCGGGCUUUCUGCACCGGGCUGGACUCGAUCCUGCAGCCCUACAGACAGGCCCUGCUGGACCUUGAACAAGAGUUCCUCGGAGAUCCACAUCUGACAAUAUCUCAUGUGAAUUACAAGCUGGACCAGUUCCAGUUGCUGUUUCCGUCUGUGAUGGUGGUGGUGGAGUCUAUAAAAUCACAGAAGAUCCACGGCUGCCAGAUCCUGGAGACGGUGUACAAGCACAGUUGUGGGGGGCUUCCUCCUGUCCGCAUGGCGUUAGAAAAGAUUCUUGCUGUGUGCCACGGUGUGAUGUACAAACAGCUAGCAGCCUGGAUGCUGCACGGUCUGCUGCUGGACCAAAGCGAGGAGUUUUUCGUGAAGCAGGGGCCCAGUGCAGGAGGAGCUGCUGCCAACCAGGAGGAGGAGGAGGAGGACCUGGGGCUGGGAGGUCUGAGCGGGAAGCAGCUCCGAGAACUACAGGACCUGAGGCUGAUCGAGGAGGAGAACAUGCUGGCUCCGUCUCUGCAGCAGUUCUCUCUCAGAACAGAGAUGCUGCCGUCUUACAUUCCCAUCAGAGUGGCUGAGAAGAUCCUCUUCGUCGGAGAAUCUGUCCAGAUGUUUGAAAACCACAACCACAGCCCGUCUAGAACUGGCUCGAUACUGAAGCACCAGGAGGACAUGUUUGCUGCUGAGCUGCACAGACUCAAACAGCAGCCUCUUUUCAGCCUCGUGGAUUUUGAGAAUUUGAUCGAUCGCAUCAGGAGCACAGUGGCUGAGCAUCUCUGGACGCUGAUGGUGGAGGAGUCAGAUCUGCUCGAACAGCUCAAGAUCAUUAAAGACUUCUACUUGUUGGGUCGUGGCGAGCUUUACCAGGUUUUCAUUGACCUUGCGCAGCACAUGCUGAAGACGCCGCCAACAGCCGUCACUGAGCACGACGUAAACGUGGCCUUUCAGCAGGCGGCUCAUAAAGUGCUCCUGGACGACGACAACCUGCUGCCUCUGCUGCACCUCACUGUGGACUACCAGGGCAAAGACAGCAAAGAGGCAACAGGCCCCAGAGACGGAGCCACUCCUCCACAAGACACGUCCCCCCGUGAGGUCCCGCCCACAGGUUGGGCAGCUCUUGGGCUCACCUACAAGGUUCAGUGGCCGCUGCACAUCCUCUUCACUCCCGCCAUCCUGGAGAAGUACAACGUGGUGUUCAGGUACCUGCUGAGUGUGCGGCGGGUGCAGUCGCAGCUGCAGCACUGCUGGGCUCUACAGAUGCAGAGGAAACACCUCAAGUCCAGCCAGACAGACGCCGUGAAGUGGAGACUACGUAACCACAUGGCGUUCCUGAUCGACAACCUGCAGUACUACCUCCAGGUGGACGUGCUGGAGUCUCAGUUCUCUCAGCUGCUGCAGCAGAUCAACUCCACCAGAGACUUUGAGAGUAUCAGACUGGCCCACGACCACUUCCUCAGUAACCUGCUCGCCCAGUCCUUCAUCCUCCUCAAACCGGUGUUCCACUGUCUGAACGAGAUCCUCGAGUUGUGUCUGAACUUCUGCUCACUGGUCAGUCAGAGCGUGGCGUCACUGGACGAGAGGGGAACAGCUCAGCUGGACAUCCUGGUCAAGGGCUUCAGACGGCAGUCCUCUUUACUGUUUAAGAUCCUGUCGAGUGUGAGGAAUCAUCAGAUCAACUCUGACCUGGCUCAGCUGUUACUGCGACUGGACUACAACAAGUACUACACCCAGGCUGGAGGCACGCUGGGCAGUGUUUAAGAAGAAAACAAAGGAUUAAGAUUGAGAGAUAUGUCCAUCUAACUUGACUCUCACUGAACUCCCAUCGGUCUUCUCCUCUGCCUGAGUACUGUUAGCAUGGCAUGCCUGCUUAACUUAUAUUUAAAGGGUUAACUCAUCCAAAUUAUACAUUCAUAUUUCCUAUCCAAACAUGCAAAUAGUUUUUCAGAUCUGCCUCUAAACCUUCUGACACCACCUCAACACGACAGAGGUGGAUAAGAUCCUGUUUGUGGUGCUCACAGCGCUGAAAAAUGACAUUUGGAGACAGCAAAUAGCUUUUUUAGACAAAAUGACGUCACUGUGAACAGAUUCAGUGGAACUACUAAAAUGCCACUCCCCUUAUACCUUUGAACGUGCAUAGUGUGUCGGCGCUGCGGUGGCAGGGGAUGCCAAAAAAAUAAUGAAACAUUUAAACUUACUGGGAGAACCAUGUCACGCUGCUGUGGCCAAUCACAUAACCAGCAGACCAUGAGAAUAAAUAAUAAUAAUAAUAAUAAUUAUUGUUGGCACAGCUUUGAUGCAACAACUGGAUCUCUUUCCAUUUUCCUCUGAGCCUAGCACUUAUCAGUUUUCACAGUUACGUCUGUUGUUCCACUGUCCACCAUCCUCCACUGCGGAUACUAAAGCACUUACACUGAUACUAGGGAUGCACAGUAUUGUUUUUUUUGCUGAUAUCCGAUAUGCCAAUGUAUGACAACUAAUUUUGCCAAUACCAAUAUUGAUAUAUCGUCUUUUUCCCCGCCUAAUUUUAGUGAUCAUAAAGUCUCCUCUGUAGUGGAAUUAACAUCAUAUUAUACAUGCAUGCUCUUAGUGUGACGGCCCACCAGCAGAUGGAGACAUGAAAUAGUAUCUUGGGAUAAUUACCAGGGGAAACACAAGCACUAUCCUCUUCCUGUUUUGGUCGCUCAAUUAUUGAAGCACUUCCUUUGUCCCAUAAAUCAAGCCUUCAUUUCUCAGGAGAUUUUACCUGAUGGCCGACAUAGCUGCACAGUGAAGGCGAGGCUUUUAGAGAACCAAUGUAAACGCUGAUGGUAUCAUUAUUCUACAGCCAUUAGACUGUGCAAUCAACAUUUACUACAUAAUGAUAAGUUAAAGCAAAAAACUUGUUAGCUAGCUGUUUCCAUCUUUAUGCUAAGCUAACCAACUCCUGGCUGCAGCUUCACGUUCACCGUACAAACAAGAGAUCAGUAUCAGUCUUCUCAUCUAAGUCUCUGCAAGAGAGGGAAUUUCCCAAAAUGUUGAACUAUUCAUUUUAAGUACUCAAGUAGUCUCUCCUGUCAUUCAUUUACAUGGUAACUAACUGUGGUUCAGAGUUAUUUAAAAGCGGCUUUAUAACAGAAUUACCUGAAAAUAAUCCUGGUUUAACUGAAACAUACCUCACCACAUUCGUUUCUGCAAAAUCGAGCUGCUGUCGACUUUUUAAAUGUCAUUUUUCAAUGCUGUGAACAUCACAAACAAAACUCUAUCCACUUCAGAAGUAUAAGAAACCUCAGAAGCAGAUCUCAACACCGCGGCAUUCACACCUGACACUAUAGAGACUGUUUAAGGCGUCUUUCAUUAUCUAGGAAACAUCUUUGUUCUACUGAGACUUCCUGUCCGACUGCACGAAAACAGCGCCUGAGCUGAAAUACUUAGUAUGGGAGAUGGUGAAAUCAGAGUUAGGAACUUGCUGCUCGAUGGUUGGCUGUUUCUUUCGACAAGGUAUAAACUGAAUGUCAGAAAUGUAAGUCUUACACUUCCCAGGGCUGAGCAAUAUUAAGAAAUUAUAUCAUUAUCCAGAUGUGAGACUAUAUAUCGUCAUUGAAUCAUUGAUUCAUAAUAUGGCUGAAAUGUUUUUUUUCCUCUCCUUUUAAGGCUUCAUUACGGCAAACUGAUGUAAAUGUAUCAUUUAAACAGACUUUUCUAUUUGUUUUAAUGCUUGCCUUAACUCAGAGUUGUUAUAUUCACAUUAUUGAUGAUUAUUGAUCAAAAUCUCUGUGUUAAUAUUUUCCGAUUUAAAAAAAAAUCACAACAACUUUGUGUCAUCAGAGAAGGUAUUUGGUCAGAAGCAUGUACGAUUUUGUCUUCCAGUCCUAACAUUGAUAAAGUGCUUUUAGGAGAUUUAAAAAUAUCGAGAUAUACAUCAUGUAUUGAGAUAUAGCCGAAAUAUAUCGUGAUAUAAUUUUCAGGACAUAUCACCCAGCCCUGACACUUCACUGCAAUCCAUACUUUGUGUGGGUUUGUUUCUUUAGGGGUCAGUCGAAAGAACUGGACACCUACAGGAAAACUCCAGGGUCUGUGGCGCUUCGUUUCUUAGUGCAACAUAGACUUUUAUUUCUGAUUGAAACCAACAACCAACCAUUGGAGGUGCUAAAACUAAUUUAGCCGUCCCCCACAGAGUAUAUUUCAGAUCAGGAGGUAUACAGAUCAGUGUUUCAUAUGCUGUUUUUGUGCAGUAAUGGCCAGCUUGAAAAUUUAAGUGGAGCAACAUUGUCGUUUACUAGCAACUGAAAUAUGCCUUCAAACAGUCUAUAGGAUUCAUGAGGAUAUUUGGGUGAUCUGACCCUUCAGCUCUGUGUCCUUGUAUAAACUGUAAAUAUUAUAAACCUUGAUGUGUGUACCAUUGUUUGUUGAAACAAUAA